CAAAGAACCGCUAGAGAAAGAAUUUAAAAUUCAUUAUAUAGACUAAGACAGUCGCCUUCUAUGCUAUCGCAUAUAGCAGCAUCCUGAAGGUUACUCAGCAUGGCAGUCGUUUUGCAUGACCAAACAAAUCUUCUCCCGCGCGGCCGUUUGCUUGUCGUCUUUUCAACCCUAGCUUCGGCCUUUUUGUUUGCAUACGCAGACCAAAAUGGUGUCGCCGUGGCUCUGCCAGCCAUUGCGCGUGAUCUCCAUGCACAAAGCACGAUUAGCUGGACAGGCACAUCGUCUAUGAUUGCCAACACCGUGUUCCAGGUCCUGUACGGGCGGCUGUCUGACAUUUUUGGUCGACGGCUCAUAUACCUGUCCGCCGUGCUUCUCCUUGCGGUAGCAGACAUCCUAUGCGCAACGGCUCAAACCUCAUGGGCCCUCUAUUUGUUCCGUGGAUUAGCUGGCGUAGCCACCGGCGGAAUAAACUCGCUGACCAUGAUGAUUGUUUCCGACAUCGUCACUCUGCAGGAACGUGGUCGUUAUCAAGGCAUUCUAGGUAGCUGCAUUGGUCUUGGUAAUACCAUCGGCCCUUUUCUAUCUGCAGCAUUUACGCAGCGGGCCACCUGGCGGGGAUUCUUCUACCUUAUUAGCCCACUGAUGGUUAUUAGCUGCGUUGGUUCAUUUUUCCUUUUGCCGUCAACAAUGCCGAAAGGAAAAGGACUUGAAAGGGCUAAGCUGAUCGACAUCUGGGGUCUCAUCACGGGAUCGACAGCCAUAAUGUGCAUCCUGAUAGCGAUAUCGGGUGGAGGGACUUAUUUUGCUUGGAACUCAGCUCUAGUUAUUGCGCUCCUUGCCAUUGGCGGUGUUUCAGCUGUUGCCUUUGUCAUAGUCGAGGCCAAAGUGGCCCGUCUGCCAAUGGUUCCCCUUCCAAUGUUCAAAACACUAGCCGUUAGUGCAAUCCUAAUACAGAAUCUGCUUUUUGGGUAUUGCUACUAUGCAGAGCUCUACUUUCUCCCCAUUUACUUUCAGAACGUGAGGGGUGUUACGCCAAUCGUCUCAGCCGCACUCCUUACACCGUUAGUUAUUUCCCAGAUGAUCUUCUCAGUUGGGUCAGGCUUUUACAUCUCGCACUUUUCUCGAUAUGGCGAGGUUAUUUGGGUGGGAUUUAUUUGCUGGACACUUGGUGCUGGUCUCCUUUGUAUAUUCGAAAGAGACACUUCCUUGGGUGUAAUCAUUGUUGCCCUCAUAAUCCUGGGCAGUGGUGUCGGAAACGUGUUUCAGCCAUGUCUAGUCGCAAUCCAAGCACAUUCUCCAAAGGACCUUCGGGCGGUGGUGAUUUCGAACCGGAACUUCUUCCGUGGCCUCGGAGGGGCUAUUGGCCUUGCCUGCUGUAGUUUGGUGCAACAGACUACGCUGCAGCGUUCCCUACCUGAAAAUUUGAAGUAUAUCGCACACUAUAGCUACUCCUUGCCAGCCCUCAGCAGCCUCGAUGUCGAAGAACUGCAACAGGUCCAAUCUGCUUACGCUGAUGCCAGCCACAUUGUCUUUGUGUCAAUGGCGCCUGUCAUGGGUCUCUGUCUUAUUCUUUGCUUGCUCGUCAAGGAUUGUGGGUUGGAGAGAAAGGAGGAGUCUAGUCUAAAGUCACACGCGGGGUCUCAACCAGUAGAAAACAUGGGCUUAAACAAUUCUAUCCCUACACAUAACAAGUCGUCAGACUCGGAAGGCUCAGAAAGCCAGGAAAAGGUUUGAUCAGCAUUAGUCAUUCAAUUGAUAGAUUGCGUUGGUAUUUGUAGUAAUACUCUGUCUAAAUUACCUAUUGGGGUUAGGACGCACAGAGUAUGGUGUAAAGGGAAAGGUCUCUUAGCUAGUCGAUGUAGAGUCAUCAGUGCGAUGCCUAGAUUAUGAAUAAUAUUCAAAGUUAAAUGCAGUUGGAUCUACUAGACUACCUAG